AAUUAAUUAAAAUUUUUUAAAAAAAAUUGAUGGCCAGUUAUAAUGAGUUUUAACAGAUUUUAAUGACUACCGGAGAGACCAAACGACACCAUUGACCGACCGGACCACAAAUGGCCACAAAUAAUCGGUCAUCAGUUGUGACCACCAAAUGUCGGAAUCAGUCGUCCACAGCAAGACUUCGGUGGAAAAUGUUGUCCAAAGCAUUGAACGAGUCAUCGGAUGUCGACCAAAGGCCACCCGAUUUCUCUGUACGUCGGUUUGAGUCUUUCGGUUGCAUUAAAUUAACAAAUGUUUUGACAACCGAUGAAAAUGAGUUAAUUACCGAUGAAAGCAAUGAACUUCUCGAAGGAAAGUGGUUUGAGUGUCGAUUUUGGGACAAUUGUCUCAACAAAUUUGGCGAUCCGUUCGCCGAAAUCAAAAUAUUGAACGCAAAGAUACCGAUUCACGAAUUAUUAAACUCGUUGGACAACACGGGAAACGUGUGUUUGUGGCCAUCGGAAGAGGUUCUCGCGUAUUAUAUCUUUAAGAAUCAGUCAUUAUUUGCCAACCGAACUGUCCUCGAAUUGGGCGCCGGAAUGACUGGUCUGUCAGGUUUAGUGACCGCUGUGUUCACGUCUGCCAAAGAGGUGAUCGUCACGGAUGGCAAUCAACGGUGCGUUGAAAAUGUUAAGUCAAUUAUUCACCGAAAUAGACAUAGAUUUCGAUCAGUUGUCAGCACUCGACUACUUAUAUGGRGUGAAGAGUCACAUAUGGAUGACAUUUGUGGCAAAGUUGAUGUCAUUAUAUGUUCAGAUUGUCUUUAUUUCGAUACUAGUCGUCACUUAUUGGUUCAGACUAUACAUAAACUGCUCAAUAGUACCGGUAUUGCCAUAGUAUUGGCCCCAAAACGGGGCACAAGUUUUGGCAAAUUCAUUGAAUUAUGCGAUAAUUUAUUUGAAUUAUCAAUCAUUGAUAACUAUGACCAACAUAUUAGUGAAUUGCACCAUAAGUUUGUUGUGUCCGCCGAUUAUAACUUUUAUGACACUGAUCUUCACUAUCCAGUAAUGAUUGAAUUGAAAACUAGUAAACAAAUUGUUUGA